AUGGAGGACAGCAAUGUUAUGGUGUUCGCGGUAGGCGUGGCCAUGCUGCUCCUUGUCGUCUCCAAGCUCGGAUCUCUGCUCGUCACCAAGAACAAGAAGUCGAAGCUCAACCUCCCCCCGGGGCCAUGGACGCUACCGUUGAUCGGCAGCGUCCACCACCUGGUGAGCAACCCAGUGAUCCACCGGGGGCUCCGCGACCUCUCACGCAAGCACGGGCCGCUGAUGAUGCUCCGGCUGGGCGAGGUGCCCACACUGGUGGUGUCGUCGGCAGAGGCGGCGGAGACGGUGACGAAGAUGCACGACAUCGCGUUCGCCGACCGCUACGUGAACGCCACCCUGGCGGUGCUCACCUUCAACGGCACUGACUUCGCGUUCGGGGCAUACGGCGAGCGGUGGCGCCAGCUUCGCAAGAUCUGCGUGCUGGAGCUGCUGAGCGCCGCGCGAGUGCGGUCGUUCCAGCGCGUCCGCGAGGAGGAGGUGGUACGGUUCGUGGGGAGCCUCGCUGCGUCCGCGUCCGCCGGCGCCGCAGUGGACCUGACCAAGAUGAUCUCCAGGCUCAUCAACGACACCUUCGUGAUGGAGUGCAUCGGCAGCCGGUACGAGCACCGGGACGAGUACCUGGACGCCCUGGGCACCGGGGUCCAGCAGACGUCGGGGCUCACCGUGGCCGACCUCUUCCCGUCGUCGAGGUUGAUGCAGAUGCUCGGCACGGCUCCGCGCAAGGCGCUCGCCUGCCGCAACAGGAUCACGCGCAUCCUGGACGAGAUCAUCCGCGAAAAGAGGGAGGCCAUGGCCAUGGACCGCGGCGACAAGGCGGCGGCGCACGAUGGCUUGCUCAGCGUCCUGCUCAGGCUCCAGAAAGAGGACACCUUGCCCAUCCCGCUCACCAACGACACCAUCGUCGCGCUCAUGUUUGAUUUGUUUGCCGCGGGCAGCGACACCUCGUCCACGACGCUCAACUGGUGCAUGACGCAGCUGGUCCGGCACCCGGCGGCGAUGAGCAGAGCCCAAGCCGAGGUCCGGGAGGCCUUCAAGGGGAAGGGCGCACUCACCGAGGACGACCUCGCCGCGGCGGAGCUGGACUACCUCAAGCUCGUGGUCAAGGAGACUCUGAGGCUGCACUGCCCGGUGCCGCUCCUGAUCCCGCGCCGGUGCCGCGAGACGGUCCAUGUGAUGGGCUACGACGUCCCCAAGGGAACGGCCGUGUUCGUCAACAUGUGGGCGGUCUGCAGGGACCCCAAAUACUGGGACGCAACCGCCGAGGAGUUCAGGCCCGAGCGGUUCGAGGAGAAGACGAAGAGCAGUGGCGUCGACUUCAAAGGGACAAACUACGAGUUCCUUCCGUUCGGGUCCGGCCGCCGUAUGUGCCCAGGCGUCAACCUCGGGCUCGCCAACAUCGAGCUCGCGCUGGCCAGUCUUCUCUACCACUUCGACUGGAAACUGCCCCGCGGAAUGGAGCCCAAGGACGUCGAUGAUGGGGAGGCUGCAGGACUGAUCCUAAAGAAGAAAACGGGACUCGUCUUGCACCCGAUCAUCCGCUUUGCACCAGCUAGCGCGUAA